AUAAUCCCAAAUCUGGUAUACUUCUAACUGGUCCUUAUUUGUUCUUCACACCAUAGUCUCGGGUCCGGAAUGGCUUCCAUGGCAAACAUAGAGCGAGCAUACAGAGUUCUUGCAGACAGAGAAGUCACCAGGCUAGAGUAUUCGCUGCUCCGCAAGCCCUCGACAGAACAAGCUUUCUAUUCUGUCCACAACUCUUUAAAACACAAACGCAACAAUCGAUAUUCUAACGUCCUCGCCUAUGACCGUACAGCUGUCACUGUGGAUGGGGAGUACUUGAAUGCCAAUGUGGUAACAGAUGGAAAAGGUGGACGGUGGAUAGCAGCUCAGGCUCCCCCACCGCAAGCCUUCAACACUUUCUUCAAGGCUCUCUAUUCAGGAGCUGCCAUAGGGAGACUCCCCAAUAAUGUGAUAUUAGUCCAGCUUACAGGCUGGGAAGAGUCUGGGAUACCCAAAGCAGACCCUUACAUGGAGCAUAAAAUGCCAGACAUGGGGGUGCAUCUUUCUCGGAGAGAAAUCAUUGACAGAAUAUCAAGCACACUGACUGAAGUUGCUUUGCAAGGGGAUAGGCGAGUGAAUUUGUUCCACUACCAAUUCGACGCCUGGCCGGAUCAUGGUGUGCCCACGGGAGCAGCGGUGCAAGCGUUGCGAGAGUUAGUAAAGGAAGUCGACGAGAAAAGGAGGGAGCUUGAUUGUGAAGUUUGGGUUCACUGCUCUGCCGGUGUUGGUCGCACUGGAACAUUCAUUGCACUUUCAUCACUCCUUUCACCUGACGAACCUAAUGUAUCGUCUCCCAUAGGCCCACUCCCGCGAGAAGUUGCAGGCGACCGGAUAGCCAAGACUGUAGACACCAUUCGCGAAUGCCGAGGGAUGCUUGUGCAGACUCUCAGUCAAUUUGAGCUUCUGUACCAAAUGCAAUAAUAACAAGUCCCCGUAGACUCUGAUUUUUCCCACGAUACACCUGUGCAUUUGACGGAUUCCGAUUCGCGCCGGAGUCCGGUGCGCGUUCUUGAAAGUGUCCCGAUCUCAUCUGUUCCGAUACAAAUAAUUGUCCUCCACCCAUUUU